UCAGUACCGGAAGUCGUGCGGUGGAGCGAAAAUUUGAAGGCAGAGGAGUCGCGGAGCUGUGGCUACCACGGGAUCUGUUGCCGUUUCCGAGUCUGUCCUGGCCGCUUGAGUCGAGCCAUCAUGCCUAUCCGCGCUCUGUGCACUAUAUGCUCCGACUUCUUCGAUCACUCUCGCGACGUGGCUGCCAUCCACUGUGGCCACACUUUUCACCUGCAGUGCCUAAUCCAGUGGUUUGAGACAGCACCAAGUCGGACCUGCCCACAGUGUAGAAUUCAGGUUGGCAAAAAAGCUAUCAUCAAUAAGCUUUUCUUUGACCUUGCCCAGGAAGAGGAGGGUGUAUUGGAUGCAGAAUUCUUAAAGAAUGAAUUGGACAGUAUCAGAGCCCAGCUUUCCCAGAAAGAGAGGGAGAAACGGGACAGCCAGACCAUUAUCGACACUCUACGGGACACACUAGAAGAACGCAAUGCCACUGUGGAGUCCCUGCAGAACGCCUUAGACAAGACAGAGAUGCUGUGUUCCACUCUUAAAAAGCAGAUGAAGUUCCUGGAGCAGCAGCAGGAUGAGACCAAGCAGGCUCAGGAGGAGGCCCGCCAACUCAAGAGCAAGAUGAAGACCAUGGAGCGAAUUGAGCUCCUACUCCAGAGCCAGCGGUCUGAGGUGGAGGAGAUGAUCCGAGACAUGGGUGUGGGACAGUCCGCGGUGGAGCAGCUGGCUGUGUACUGCGUGUCCCUCAAGAAAGAGUAUGAGAAUCUGAAAGAAGCACGGAAGGCCUCAGGGGAGCUGGCUGACAAGUUAAAGAAGGACUUGGCCACCUCUAAGAGCAAGUUGAAGGCUGUCUACACUGAGCUGGAUCAGGCCAAGUUGGAACUGAGGUCAACUCAGAAGGAUUUACAGAGUGCUGACAAGGAAAUCACGAGCCUAAGAAAGAAGCUAAAGAUGCUUCAGGAAACCUUGAACCUGCCUCCAGUGACCAGUGAGACCGUCAGCCGCCUGGUUUUUGAGAGCCCAGCCCCAGUGGAGAUGCUGCACCCCAGGCUCCACCGGCCAUCCAUCAGUGAUGAGAUUGACCUCAAUGCUACCUUUGAUGUAGUUACCCCUCCAGCCCAGCCCUCCAGCUCCCAGCAUGGCCACCCCAAGAAGCUCUCCCUGGAGAGGGCACGCUCUCCUGUGCAGGACGUUCUCAAGAAGAUCCCUAAAGUCUCCAAGCAGGAGCCCCAGCUCUCACUGGGUGGCCAGCGCUGUAUAGGAGAGCCAGACGAGGAACUGGCUGGUGCCUUCCCCCUCUUCAUCCGGAAUGCAAUUCGGGGUCAGAAACAGCCCAACAGGACCACAGCAGACUCCCGUUGCAGCACAGAUGUGGUAAGAAUAGGCUUUGAUGGUCUUGGAGGACGAACAAAGUUCAUCCAGCCUACAGACACAGCCAUUUUCCGACCAAUGCCUGUUAAGCCCAAGGCCAAGAGUAAGCAGAAAGUGAGAAUAAAGACUGUGAAUUCUUCCUCCCAGCCCAAGAUGGAUACCUUCCUGUUGCAGUGAGCAAAUGACAGAGUCGUGUCUCCAAUUAGUAGUCCAAGACCUUUGCCAACCCAGGAGUGUUUGGGGAGAUGGCUCCUCUUCCUGGAAAGUGCGAGAGUGAGAGCAGAAACUGCACUUCCUGAGUUCUCUUUGCCCUGCCCCCACUGGAUCUACCUCAGGGAGCUGACAUGACCAGUUUAUAGUUCCAGUCAGCAGGGCCUGCUUCUAGUUGAAGGUUUUUGCAUAGAGCUACAACCAGAUAUGGCUGGGCUCCUUCUGAUUUUAUAGACCAGGGUCACAUUUGACUCUACAUGGAUGAAAGUUCUGGAGGUUUCUUAAGCAGGCUAGCCUGAACUUGUGCCUGCCUCCAGCUCACUGUUUGAAGUAGUAGAUGGUAAGGAAAUGAUGGGGGAAGGUUUCCGUGGAAAAUAAAAAGGCAUCUUUUCUUCCUGGCUCUGGACGUAUAAAUUUGUACCGGGACUUUAGAAAAUUAAAUGGGUUUCUGAAACAGGAGUGCCAUCGAGACUUUGACCUGGUAGUUUUCUCUCCAGGCGUGACAUUCUCACGGGGCACAGGAAGACCCCAGCAAGAAUGGUGUCCCUGCAGUCUAAACGAUAAGCCAAGUGAGUGGUGAACUGAGUUCUCAUUCAUGCAGGGAACCCAGCAAGCACAACUAACAACCAGUGACCAAGCUGUUAGCUUUUAGGUCUUGGCUUCAGGGCACUUUCUCCUAGAGAAUUUCCCUUCUGGCCACUCACCUGGGUAAGACUUCCUGCACUUCUUUCUCCCAUUGUUAGACAGGAGUUCUCCUGUUUCCCUAGCACAUCACCUGCUUCCUGCUGAAGGCACCCAGCCACUUGCUAGGAAACCUAGAGGAGCCUGAAGCUAUUGCUGAUGGAGAUGAUAGCCGUGGUCAUGUGAUGCUUAGCUUUGUCAACUGGACACGAUCUAGAAUCACUUGGUGAGGACCUCUCAGUGAGGUCUAGAUGAGGUCGGCCCGUGGGUGUGUCUGUGGAGGGUUACCUUGGUUAUGUUAACUGACGUGGGAAGACAAGCCUACUGGAAGUUGGCACCAUUCCCCAGGCGCAAAGGAUCCUGAACUGUUAAAGAGCAGAGAAAGUGCUGGGUGGUGGUGGCAUGCACCUUUAAUCCCAACACUGGGGAGGCAGAAGCAGGCAGAUCUGUGGUUCGAGGCCACCCUGGUCUACAGAGCGAGUUCCAGCACAGCUAGAGCUAUAUACCAAAAAACUCUGUCUCGAAAAACAAAAACAAAAACAAAAAACAAACUAAAUAAAUAAAGCAGAGAAAAUGAGCCGAGCACAAGAAUGGAUGUGCUCUCUCUGGGCUUAGCUGAGUGUGACCAGCUGCUCUGCCUUGACUUCCCUGCAAUGACGGACUGUAACCUGAAACUGUGAGCUAAAAUAAAAACUUUCUCCCCUCA